CCGGAUGUAAACACGCUGUGUUUCCGGCACCUGGAGAGUCCACUGAACGGAGAUGGCGAGCGGUGGAGUUUCGGUUGCUUCGCUUUGGACCGAAGUGAACCGCUGCGGACAGAAUGGAGACUACACAAGAGCCCUCAAAGCUCUCACUAAAAUUUUGCACGAAAACAGGGACGAUGUGACGGCCUUGCACUGUAAAGUGGUUUGCCUUAUCCAGAAUGGGAGCUUCAAAGAGGCGCUGAAUGUCAUGAACACCUACUCAAAGGUGCUCGGCAGUGAGGUUGUGUUUGAGAAGGCGUAUUGCGAGUACCGGCUGAACAGAGUGGAGAGUUCCCUGAAGACCAUCGAAAGUGCUCCUGAGCAGACGGACAAGCUGAAGGAGCUUUACGGUCAAGUGCUGUACAGGCUGGAGCGCUACAGUGAGUGCAAGACUAUCUACACUGAUCUGAUCAGGAACUCCCAGGAUGAGUACGAGGAGGAGAGGAAGACCAACCUUGCUGCUGUGGUGGCCGCGAUGAGUCAGUGGGAGAAGGCUCAGAUGGAAGAUCUGGGUCUGCCCGAGUCAACGUAUGAGCUCUGUUACAAUGCUGCCUGUGCUCUGAUUGGCCAAGGAAAGCUUACAGAGGCCCUCAAUAAACUACAGCAAGCAGAAGAGCUCUGCAGAGUCUCGCUGGCAGAUGAUUCUGAUGUGACUGAGGAGGACAUCCAGUCGGAGCUGGCUGUCAUCCAUUCUCAGAUGGCGUACAUCAUGCAGUUACAGGGUCGGACAGACGAGGCUCUGCAGCUCUACAACCAGGUCAUCAAGCUUAAGCCAUCUGACGUGGGGCUGCUCGCUGUGACUGCCAACAAUAUCAUCACCAUAAACAAGGACCAAAACGUGUUUGACUCAAAGAAAAAGGUGAAGCUGACGAACGCCGAAGGUGUCGAAUACAAGCUGGCAAAGAAGCAGCUGCAGGCCAUCGACUUCAACAAAGCUCUGCUGGCCAUGUACACCAACCAGGCCGACCAGUGCAGGAAGCUGUCGUCCAGUCUUCAGGCUCAGAAUCCAGGACAUCCGCGGCCGGUCCUCAUCCAGGUGGCUCAGCUGUGCAGGGAGAAGCAGCACAGCAGGGCCAUAGAGCUGCUCCAGCAAUUCUCCGAUCAGAAUCCAGAGAGCGCGUCCGGCAUCAAACUGACAAUGGCACAACUCUAUUUAGUACAAGGUCAUGUGACAAAAGCCUGCGACGUCCUGAGGUCCAUUGAAGAGUUCAAGCACAAACCGGGGAUGGUUUCAGCUCUGGUAACGAUGUACUCCCACGAAGAAGACAUCGACAGCGCCAUCGACGUUUUCAAACAAGCUAUCGAGCAUUACCUGUCUGAACAGCCUGGAUCUGCUACACAUUUGGCUCUCGUAAGAGAAGCAGCCAACUUCAAACUGAAGUACGGACGGAAAAAAGAAGCCAUCAGUGACCUGGAGCAGCUGUGGAAACAAAACACCAAGGACAUCCACACACUGGCACAACUCAUCUCUGCGUAUUCUCUAGUGGACACGGAUAAGGCCAAAUCGCUCAGCAAACACCUACCGUCUGCAGACACCAUGUCUUUCAACGUGGACGUGGACGAGCUGGAGAAUUCCCACGGAGCCACAUACGUCAGGAAAAAAGCCGCUAAAGUCGUCGGAGAAAACCUUCCCAAAGAACAAGGCCAUGGCGAGAUCAAAAAGAAGAGGAAGAAAAAGAAAGGAAAACUACCCAAGAACUACGACCCCAAAACGACCCCCGACCCUGAGAGGUGGCUGCCCAUGAAGGAGCGCUCCUACUACAGAGGCAAGAAGAAGGGAAAGAAGAAGGAGCAAAUAGGAAAAGGCACACAGGGAGCAACGGCAGGGGCUUCGGCCGAGCUGGAUGCCAGCAAAACCGCCAGUAGCCCCCCUACCUCGCCGAGACCAGGAUCUGCAUCUGGUUCUUCUACGGCCCCCGCCAGCAGCGUGGUCCCCCCACGACAGCAGAAACCUUCAUCCUCAGGUGCCACCCGCAAGAAAGCACCACAAAAGAAGAAGAAGGGGGGCAAAGGAGGCUGGUAGUCAGAGGAGAGGAAGAAGGCCGUCUGCGUCUGAAAAAUCUGCUUUUUUUUUUUCUUCUUCUUCUUUUUUAAAGUUCAGUUUGAUUUUAUUUUUUUCUGUUUCGGUCAUUAAUCCAAAAUCCUCCAAGAUCAUUAAUCUGAUAUUUCAGAAGGAGAGAUUUAAAGAGCAGUUCCACUGAAAUGUCCUUUUUUUGCUCUGCAGAAGCAGCGCUUGUGUUUGCACUGAAGGAAGAAUACCACCGAUACAUAUGUUUCCAUUAAAGGUGCUUUGACUUGUGUUUGCUGCAUAUUUCUGUGUUUUUAUCCCGAAACAAACUUCUGAUCAAUUAAAUAUGAAUUUAAUGUUUAAAUCAUGUCACUCGCUGAUAUUUAGAUCAUUUUAUGCGACCUUACAUUUUCAGUCAUGUAUGAAGAAACUCACUUCACUGUUGUCUUUAUUGCGUUUUUAAGCGUUUACUCUUAGAAACAGCCAGUUUCUCAGCACAGUGAGGACACCUGUAAACCUGCUUUUGCAGAGCAACUUUUGAUUUUAGGGAACGGUGCUUAAACCUGUCGAGUCUCAGUAUUAGGAUAUCAAGCUCCACCUACAGGUUCUUUAGUGUUUCCAUUAUUUUCAGUUAGCUGCAGUGAACUAACAUAUUUAUUUUUGAAUCUGUGUUGGUCUGAAUUCAAGCUAAAGGAUUUUCAUUCUGUCAGAUGCAUGUUUCAGAAAGACACUAUUUUGGCCAAACAGGCUUCCAUUUUGUUAAGUCUCAAUAAAACUCUGAACAGCGAA